AUGUGUCCCCGGUGGCUCGCUGUCGUAGUGCAACUCGUCUUUCUCUUCUCAAGCCUCCCCGAGAUAUCUUUGUUCGCUCUCGCGACGAGCCCGCAUACGCCGAAGUCGCUUCACACUCCUUUCCUCUUCGCCGUGCUGGCCACACUCCUUUUCAACACUCUCUUCACCACCUUUGCCAUCAUUCUCGCGGACCCUUCCCACAACACGAAACUACCAUGCCCUGAUCGUGUCCUCUUCGCGAUGCUCGACGGCGCACCAGCGCUUCUCAAGACCGUCGGCAUGCUCGAUCUGCACCUGCUCUGGCAGCUCGCACAGCUCAGCUGGCGCCUUCGAGGCGUCCUGCGCUGCGCCGUGUGCGCGGUCCUCAACCUGGCACGCAAAGCAGUCGAAGCCCGGCGCACGCUCUGGGCAGCCGGCCCGGCGCUAGUCUCCGGCGUGCGCUCGACCUGGGCCGCCAUAUGCGCAUUCACCGUCGUCGCGCUCGCAUGGGCUCGUGUGGCUCUCGCGUACGCACGCGUGCUGCUCGCGAUGUACCGCUUCGCAUCGGUGGUGUAUGCAAUCCUACGGCAUCGCGGGCCCCUACGCGCGCGGACGGACCGCGCCGCCUUCGUUGCACUCUUCACGACGCUCAAGACUCUCACCCUCGAGAUCUGCGGCUUCGCCGUGCACUCAUUCGUGGCUCUGUCCAAGAGCGGGUUUCUCUCCGUGGGCGCUCUCCGGACGACGCUCCCGCUCACGCUCCGCCUGCUCGCGUUCUCGUGGUCGCUCUCGUGGUCGCUCCUCGAACCGCGCCUGCGCCGCACCUUCCUCGCGAAUCCCGGAUCCGAACCCCUCCCAGCACCUCCCGCGUCCGCAGUCAAAUUCGCGGCGCCUCCGCCGCCAGUGUACGUCGCCGCUCCGCGACGGGUGCGGCGGACGACGGCUCUGCGCGAGCUGCGCGCGCACGCCCAAGCCGCGGUGUCAUUGGCGAUUCCCGGAAGCUUCUUCCCGGUCAGGAGUAGGAAGGUGUCGGUUGCCGCGUAA